GAAAAACAAUGGCGUGAAGCACUAUCGUAGAAUCAAUAUAAUUGCGAUUUUUUUUUAUUAAUUAUAAGCGAUGUACUGUAGGUGUAGGUCUCUGCAGAGGAUAGACUGGAGACCCCUGUCUAAAAAUAUCAUCCCAUGAUCGUUACACUGACUUUUUUUGCCAAUUUGACUCAAACAUUCCAAGCACAAUGCCGAUAGUAUUUUGCACCAAAUUCCACAAAAAAGUAAACUGAAAAAAAUGAAACCCGCGAGCAAUUCUGACUCGAAUACUUCCACUAAUAAUCACCAAGGUUUUGCGAUGUGCAGACUGUUGCCCAGUUGAAGUUUUGCUACUGCAGCAUAUAGAUCUCGGAUACCACGGCUCAUCCUAAAAAUUGUUAUAAUUUGAAAUGAUCUUCAUUUUUAUAUUGAUUGGAAGCGUGAUUUCCAUGUUUCCUUUCGCCUUUGGACAGAGUGAUAGCUGCCUAACGCCAAACGCACAGAACGGGAUAUGCAUCGUGUACGGGAACUGUGACUUCAUACUACAACUGCUGAUCCGUAACGCUAAUCUACGCGAUCCAACGAUCGAGAAUUAUGUGGUUCAAUCUGUUUGUGGUUAUAGUGAUGUGACACCGAUGGUACGUUUGCUUCGCAUGCACCAUCAUGUCGCGGACGAUGAGAAUUUGAUAUGUUUCUUUUUCUAUCUGCUCAAGGUUUGCUGCCCAACGCUAAUAUUCGCUAAUCAAGGCUCAAAUACAACGGCUAGCUUCACCAACCCUCAAACUGUAGCAACAUCUGCCCCUGGCUUAUUCUUUUUCGCAAGCAUUUCCGGCGGCGCAUCUAGACCCGAUGUUGGUACAGUAGCGCCCAGCAGCAGCAGCAGCAGCACAAUAAGGCUACCCACAAACGAUGCCGAUCUUUGCGGUAUGUCCAAUGCAACGCAUACACGUGUCGUCGGUGGUGUAGAUGCACAGCUAAAUGCGUGGCCGUGGAUGGCAGCAUUGGGCUAUCGAUCGUCAUCCUUCGAGCUAAACACCGGUCCACGCUUUCUGUGCGGUGGUACGCUGAUCACUACCGUACACGUGCUUACCGUGGCGCAUUGCAUUCAGACCGGUCUGUACUUUGUGCGUCUCGGCGAGCAUGAUAUUACGUCGGAUCAGGACGGCGCAAGCCCGGUUGACGUCUACAUCCAGCGUUGGCUGGUGCACGAGCGUUACAAUGAGAAAGCCAUCUACAACGAUAUAGCGCUAAUACUGCUGCAGAAAUCUGUCACCAUUACCGACGCCAUCCGGCCGAUUUGUUUGCCACUGGAAGCGAAACAGCGCACCAAAGAUGUCACCUAUUACGCACCGUUCAUUGCCGGCUGGGGAGCAGUCUCGUUCAACGGUCCUUCGGCUACUAAGCUGCAGGAGGCGCAGGUGGUGGUACUUCCGGCCGACCAGUGUGCCUUCAAUUAUAAGCUGUAUUUUCCCGGGCAGAUCUUUGAUGACACGGUACUGUGUGCUGGGUUCCCCCAAGGGGGCAAAGACUCCUGCCAAGGCGAUAGUGGCGGCCCGCUAAUGUUGCCCGAGCUUUCCUCCAACGGUCAGUACUAUUACUACACCCUGAUCGGACUCGUCUCGUACGGUUACGAAUGUGCACGUGCCGGUUUUCCGGGUGUCUACGUGAAAGUCACGGCCUAUCUUUCCUGGAUCGAAAGCAACAUCAAUUUCUGAGGCACGGAGGUCGAGGAUGGCGUUGUAUCAUUAAUUAACUGCACUGUCCCAACCAAGGCCACCGAUUGCACCGAUUGCUUACGUCAUCUCACCAAGGAUCCGCCCGUCAUGUGCGACGCUACCGUUUCUCCCUUCGACAGCAUACGAACUGUAUCAUCUUUAGAAUUGGUAUUGCAUAGCUUCGCAUCGUCCGGCUUGUUGUUUUCUGCGCGGGCCUUGCGGAUGCGAUCCGCAAACGUCCGACUCCACGAAAACGGAUGCAAAAGUCGCACACAGUCGCGGCACGGUGCGAUGUGCGAUCCAGAACCGGUUGCUAAUGAGAAGACCUGUUUUGUAGCUCGUCCUAUGUUUACCUUCCUCCAUUUCUGCCGCCGAAUAAAAUGUAAAUUCAAGUUUAAGGCGAAUCAUCAAGCCGGUUCCAGUGGCCCUUGAACGGAUCGAGAGGUUGACAAUCUUGGUGUUUUUUUGGUCUGUCCGAUUUUUUUUGUGUGUGUGGCUGCUACAAGCGCUACUACAUUGUGCUGUGUCUGCGCUAUCGAAGAACGGCCUGAGUGCUUGUUGAGUGAUAAAAUUGUCUUCUUUAGUGAUUUGGGUCAAUACAAACAGCUUAAGAAUGGGUGAGCUGAGUAAACGAAAGAGCUGCUUUAUUCUAAUGCCACAUCGGGAAAAAUCCUACCCCGGCAGCAGUUUAUUUGCGUCGGUCAAAAGGUUAUGUAGAAUCUACUUUACUUUCCAUAUUAUUAAAGGCAUUAUAAAAAAUUGCACACGCUUGAAAUUGAAUCCUUCCUGGGGAAAGAUGGCUCCGGAUCAUUAGUCGGGACGAUGGUAAAGGCAGUAUAAUAAAUUGCGCCGUACUUGACAUACAUAGAAACUUUAAAUCGUUUUACAAAUUGAAUCCUUGAAGAUGUACCAAAAACCUUCACAGCUGCUUAAAGCGUUUACGUCGUUUAAAAAGUAAAAUAGUAGUAAUUUUUUUUGACUUAUAGGCUUUGAUGAAUUGCUAUUACAGCUUAACGCAUUAUCAAGGUUAAAUUAAACAUAAUAAACAAUAAAUUCAAUUACAAAACCAAACAAAAUAUAAUUAAAAUCACACGAAAAAUAUGCAUAGUGUAACUGAUGCUUGUUUACAGCUUCCAAGAUCCUCGAAUGUCGAUAACUCGCGACACAUCGGCACAGAAGCGAUCUGUUAAGUAAGAUGUAUAGCACAAGAUUACGGCCUGGUCGGUAAUUCUGCCAACACGAUCGGCAUGUUAAAUGCACGUUUUGGCAGUACACGCUUUGCGCAUUACGAGUGGCAACCUGCUCUCGGAGAUCUUAUCGUGUGCUCAAAGUCAUUUUAUUAAAACCCGCAGCAUCUCGUUCCAUAUGCAUGAACACCGCUGAUGAUGACUAUUAGUGUCCGGCAAAUGCGUUUUAUUGUACAGGCAGAAAGAAAUGUCUCUCAUCAAUACGAAUGGUUAUUUAGCCUAUGGGAAUCUCUUUACUUCAUACUGAUCAUGCGAUACCAAAAGAAAGUGAUGUAGUAAAUUCCCAAGCAAAUGAGUAAUUCAUAGCAUGCUAACGCACGUAGCAGUUCGGAAAAAGGGUAGUGUCUGUUUUGUUUUUUCGCCAUGUCUAAUUCUUCAUAGCAAAAGCUAAUUGAUUUUGCCCACCGAAGGGGAAUCC